AAAACAAAAAAAAAAAAAUUAAAAAUACAACUUACAAAUACAACUGCAAUUGUGGAGGGUCUUUCCGUUUAUUGGGAGGAUUUCGUCGAGCAGCAUCGUGUAAAUGCAGCCACAGCGGCGAACAUCUUUAUGAACUAUUCUUCAUCACAGGACACCAGAACCAGAAUGGUUUCUCACGUCAUUCCUGUCUCCGGAGAACUGCAACAGGGUAACGGUAGUUUCGGUACUGCAGGACUAGGCAGCAUGCAGGACUCUCCUCAUCCUUUAAAAAUAAAACAGGAACAUUUUCAGCUGUCUCCUCCUUCGCCACUUCCAAAUAUACAUCAAGUGAGUAAUUUCAUAUCGGAUCUACAAAAUGGUUACGUGAUCAAUGCUUCGAAGGAUUUGGAAUCUUCUGUAUCAACUGGUUUAAACAAAAGUUUGACUUCACAUCAUCCAUCUUUGAGUAUUCAUCAUCCUCAUCAUAGCUUGCACGGUUCUAAUACAACAAUUUCGAUUCAUUCUACAACAUCGUCUCAACAACAACAACAACAACAACAACAGCAUCAUCAUCUUGAAGAUAAAGUGUCUUCACCUAGCGGAGGACUUCACAGUUCAACGACUAACAGUAAUUCUUCGACACCUUCUGCACCUUCAACACCUACUGCUGGCACUGACAACAGUGCUGGUUCCAAUACUGCAACGAGUACCAAUAACAAUAAUAAUGGUAACAAUGUUUCAACUGCAACAAGCAAACCACCUUACAGUUAUGUUGCAUUGAUUGCCAUGGCGAUACAACACAGUGCUGAAAAAAGGGCGACCCUUAGCGAAAUUUAUGCAUACAUCACCUCGAAAUUUCCUUAUUAUCAGAACAAUAAGAAGGGAUGGCAAAAUUCUAUUAGGCAUAAUUUAUCAUUGAACGAAUGUUUCGUCAAAAUACCGCGAGAGGGUGGUGCUGAUAAGAAAGGCAACUUUUGGACACUCGAUCCCAGUUUCGAGGACAUGUUUGAAAAUGGUAAUUUCAGAAGACGCAGGCGUAUGAAACGUCCAUACAGAAAUGCUCCUUAUCCUAAAUCUAUUUUCGGUGAUCCUUUUUCACCGACUCACGUUCAUCUUGGUCCUAGAAAUUUAUUCGCUCAUACGCCAUCAUCUUAUGCACCAACAACAUACGCCCGAUACGACACGAGCGGAUGGAGUCUUCAACAACCACAAUUAUCUUACAGUCAUUGUCAAUCGCUUCAACCACAGUUGCAAUCAAUGCAAUCGAUGCAGAUUCCAACGAUGAAUGGUUACAGUCAACUGAGUAGUUCGUUAAGUGAGUCUCUGCUCUAUCCUCCGAACAUCAGUUCUAUGAGCUCGCGAAUCAUUAGACGAUCGGACAAAGCUUUUCAAGGCAAUUACCUGGAUGUUCCAGGUGGAACUACUGGAUCACCAGGAUCGAUGACCAAUGGAUCCUUUGGUGGUACAUUCACGGCCUGUGGUAGAAGACACGAAGCUAGUAUGCCGAAUGAAACUAUGCCAGCAAGAUGCUAUUGGCCAGAAAUGGUAAACGUGAAAGAGGAACCAGGUAGUACAGCGGCAUCAACAUCAACCGUCGGCGGUGUUCCACCGUCCAUGAUGGGAACCACAGUUGCAUCGAGUGUUUCCGCCCCGGCAUUUCCAUCCGUCGAAUUUCAAACGCGAUCGAAGUGUUUCAUGUGAAUCCUUUAAUCGAUUUAUUCGAUAUAAAGAUAAACAAAA